AUGGCACUUUGUUUGGCCAUUUCGCUAAUUGCUUGUCAAGACUUUGUUCCAUACGAUCAACUGGUUCGCUACAAAUGGUGGUAUCGAUAUGGCUACAUGUCAUCAACUGGUCAUUGUUUUGAUAUUGGAGCGGCCACAAGAGAUUCUAUUCAAGAAUUUGAAAAGCGUCAAAGAAAGUUUGCAGAAGAUCAUAGUAUUCCUUUUGAUCAAAUAGACUUUUUGUCUAAUCGUGAUCUCCUUCAAGCAUUCGAUGUCAAAUGUAGCCAAGAAGGUGUAGCUGGUAACGGAGCCCUAAUGCGUCUCGUACCUGUACCAAUCUUCUUCUUUCGAUGCCCGACAGUGGCUUUAGAAUAUUCUGGCAUUAGUGGCACAAUUACCCAUGGAGACAAAAAAGUUUACGACGCUUGCUGUUAUUAUGGAGCUCUCAUCGUAGCUGCUCUUCGUGGUGCCACGAAAGAGAAACUGCUUAGUAAGACAUUUUAUCAAGAUCAUUUUGAAUGGUUCGGCGAUCGAAAGCUUCAUCCUGAAGUCAUAACGAUUGCUCGAGGGUCGUAUCAAAAGCUAGGUGGCUAUGCAGAUGGAAUUCGAGGAAAAGGCUACAUUAUCAAUGCUUUGGAAGCUGCUUUGUGGGCAUUUUGGAGUGAUGAAGACUCAUUCGAAAAAGGCGUUCUUAAUGCAGUUAAUCUAGGCGAUGAUACAGAUACAACAGCAGCCAUUUAUGGUCAAUUGGCUGGUGCUUACUACGGAUACAAGAAAUUGCCAACAAAAUGGAUAGAUCCUAGAGCAAGUUGGUUCGAUCCUCAUGAAAUGAAAUGUGAAAAAAGCUGGUUGAUUUCAAUGCAAGGAGUAAAGCUACUUCUUUACUGGAUUCGUCAAACCGGUCAUCCAUAUUUCAUACGUCAAUGGGUACAACGAGCAAAAUAUGCACAACUUGAAAUUCUACAAAUGAUUCGUCCGAUAAUGGAAACAAUACGAAAUAUUCUUCGAAAUCAGAUAUUAUACAAUUCAGGAUUCGCGCAUGAAUGGAUUGAGUUACAUCCGAAACCUAUUCAACGACCUUCUGCUAUAUGUUACUCAUGUCAACGACCAAUUCAACAAUAUAGGAACUUUUGGAUCGUCUCUGAUUCUUUGCAUGAAUUCCGUGAUCAAUGUGAACGGUGUUCAUGCGAUCCAAAGCAGCAUGUUCAAGUUGAUUAUCAACUUGGUUUCGAUAUGGUCAAUAGAGAAAAUCAUCAAUCGGAUGAGUUGGCUACUUUACCAUAUUUGAAUAAUGCAAGUUCAUUUUAA